CACAAGCCGUGGAUCGAGACCUCGUAUCAUGGCGUCAUCACAGAAAAUACAGAUGAGGUUCUGCUGGAUCCACCUUUAGUGGCUCUGGAUAAAGAUGCACCAGUUCCAUAUGCAGGAGAAAUCUGUGGUUUCAACGUGCAGGGCCUCAACGCUCCAUUUGAGGCUGUGCUUCUGAACGGGACAUCUGGAGAAGGCCGGCUGCGGGCACGAGGGCCGAUCGACUGCGAACGACACCGAGAAUUCAGCUUCAUCAUUCAGGCUCACGACUGUGGCACAGGACCACAGGGCCACGGACAGAAGAGAUCACACAAGGCAGCGGUGCGUGUGCAGGUGGGGGAUGUGAAUGAGUUUUCUCCCGUGUUUGGUCAGCUGGAGUAUCACGGCUCAGUGACGGAGGGUAAAGUGUAUGACAGUAUCCUACAGGUUCAGGCGUCAGAUCAGGACUGUUCUCCACAAUACAGCCAGAUCUGCAACUACCAGAUCACCUCGCCGGACACGGCCUUCGCUGUGGAUCGCAACGGAAACAUCAGGAACACCGAGAGUCUGAGCUUUGAAAAGAAAUCGCACUAUAAGAUCCGUGUGACGGCGUUGGAUUGUGGUCAGAAGAGAGCGACGCAGGACGCGAUCGUGCACAUCCAUGUGAAGCCCAUCUGCAAACCUGGAUGGCAGGGCUGGAGGAAGCUUGUCGACUAUGAGCCAGGAGCAGGCAGUAAGCUCUUAUUUCCCAAGAUGCACCUGGAGACAUGCGAGGGAUCGGUGUCCUGGAUUCGGACCACAGUGGAGCUGGAGACGAGCGGUGUUGGACGCGGCUGCGACUCGGAGAGAUCCUUACAGAAGCUCUGCGGAUCUUCAUCGGGCAGCACAGCUCUUCUUCCGGCCCCUGGCAGAGUAUUUAACUGGACGGCAACUCUGGUGAGAGACGGGGGGCGGGACAGUGACCUCGCAUACCGAUUUGAUGGACAUCAAGCGGCCAAAAUCCCAGACUGGGUCGUCCCACAGAAUCUAACAGACCAGUUCACCAUAACCACAUGGAUGAAGCACGGGCCGAGUCCAGGACAGAGAGCCGAGAAAGAAACACUGCUCUGCAACUCUGACAAAACUGAGAUGAACAGACACCAUUACUCUCUGUAUGUGCAUAACUGCAGGCUGGUGUUCCUGCUGAGGACGGACUACACGCAGACCGACUCCUUCAGACCUGCAGAGUUCCACUGGAAACUAGAGCAGAUCUGUGAUAAGGAGUGGCAUUAUUACGUCCUCAGCGUUGACUUUCCAGUGGUGACUCUGUAUGUGGACGGCGUGACGUACGAGCCGUAUCUGGUAACAGACGAUUGGCCCAUUCACUCCUCUCAGAUCGACGUGCAGCUCACUGUUGGAGCCUGCUGGCAAGGUGGAGAGGUCUCUAAAGCAAAGUUUACGCAGUAUUUCCGAGGCAGUUUGUCUGGACUGACGAUACGACCGGGAAAAAUCGAAAGCCAAAAGAUCAUCUCCUGCCUACAGGCCUGCAAAGAAGGACUGGACAUCACAUCUCUGGAAAACCUCGGACAGAGGAUCAAGUUUCACCUGAAUCCGGCUCAGUCUGUCCUGGUGAUGGAGGCUGAGGAUCUGGAGCAGAUGAACGGCGCGCUGAGGAAAGUUUCCUACAUCAACUCUCGGCAGUUUCCCACUAUGGGCUCUCGUCACCUCCGCAUCUCCACCUCAGUGCAGUGUUUUGGAGAGGAUGUGUGUAUUUCCGUCCCUGACAUUGAGGCAGUUGUCAUGGUAAUGCAGCCCAGUGAAGCGCGCAUCACAAUCAGUGGGGCGGAGCAUCUCACCAUCCCCGCCUACGACCUUGCCCUCGGCCUAUCGCUGUUCAGAAAUUUGCAUAUCAUCAGCACAGUUACCAAAAGCGACAACGUGACAAACACAGAUCACAGGUCAAGUACAAAGGAAACUGCUCAUAAUCUGGAUUACUGUGACAUCAUGGUAUUGGGGGAGGAGUUAAGGACGGGGCUAGAGAGUCUGGAAGUGCAUCACAGUGCCUUAGUAGGCAAACACCUGGAAUAUGCCAACUCCAGCACCGGCAUGUCCAUAUAUGGUGUGGAAUCCAUUUCUCACUACACUGAGGUGAUCAGACAGGUGCGAUAUCAGAGCCGUCAUGCUGUCGAUUCAGUCCGCACCUUCAGACUCACCUGUUCAGAACUCAACGGACGAUACACCAGCGAUCAGUAUACAUUACAGGUCAACAUCCUUCACAAUGAGGAAGCCAGAGAACAUGUCAAUCAUUUGAUGGCCCCGCCUAAAUCUAUGCAAAUUAUUCAUCGCGCAGUCACAGAAUCUAACAACUAUUUCAACUUAGUUGUGCCUGCUGUUACUACAUCAGUGGUUGUGGUGUGUAUCGCCGCCCUGCUGGUGGUUCUGCUGGGUGUUUACCAACUCAACCAAACACAAAACAAAGACAGCAUCCAAACACACACGCUGGCAGAGGAACAAGUGGACUGUGACGGCUCUUCUCUCUCCAUCACUGUCAACCCACUGCAGAAUUGUCAAGAGCUUCAGUCAGCAGAAGAAGUUACAGAGGAGGAAGAGGAGGAUGAAGACUGCGCUAUCUCCAGCACUGAAUCCGACAGCGAUGAGGAGGAAACAGACAGAUCUUUCACACAUCAACAAACCAAAAAGCAAUGGGGAAAAGCAACAUUACACUGCUGAAAAAACAUCACAAUGCUCUACCUGUAGCAUUCCAGUCCUGCAAUACAAGUUUACAAGCAAACACACACACACACACACACACGCUCAGAAAAGACACGAUGCAGUUCUGAUCCUUUGUGGUACUGUUUCAGUGUGAGAUGAUGACAAACUAAUAAAAAAAAACAUCCCGUCUGAUCCCUUUACACUCUGUCUCAACCGCCAGAGGACAAUAACAAAAGCAGGAGACAGAAGCAGCGGUGAAACUCUGAACGCUCAUAAAAGCAGCCACCGGUUCAGGCUUUUGAUAAAAGGGAGUUUCUUUUUCUUUUUUUGAGGCCUCUACGGUGGAUCUUGGAUUAGAUGGGAAUUGAUCAUGCUUACAUUAACGUCCUGAAUUUUAGAACUUGUUUUGACAUGACUCUUCAGUGCUGGCUAGAUUAAAUACAUAAUAGUAAGUAAUCUAUGUUACACAUUUAAAACCCUUGUGUGCUUUCGGGGAUGUUUUCAUCCAUUCUGGGGGGAUUUUGAGCCUUAAUUUGGUCACAACUUUCUCUGCGAGUGAUAUUUGGUGAGUAAUUUUAUUUCAACACUUAUUUUGGGAAAAUGCUUUGAUUUUUUUUUUUUAAUUGAACAAUACACGUCGACUAAACAAUUACAAUUCGACUACCUUUUGUUAUGUUGGUGGUUGUUUUGUCCCCAUUGAUUAUUUAUUAUAAUGGCAUUUUUUGAUUGCAAAGCCAUGAUACCAUAUAAUCAAGCAAUAAUCUUGAUUGUUGCUGGUUUUUCCUGUUGGAAAAAGGUCAAAUGUGUCAUUUUCACUAUUGAUCAUCAGUUGCAGCGCAAAACAAUUAGUUUCUGCCUUCUGUACUUUUUUGCA